GGCAACUCUACAGUCGCUAGAAGUCCCUUCUCACAUACGCGUAGCCUAAGACUAAGACAAGAAUGGAAGUCAAAUGAGGCAUCUUUAAUUAUCAAGGCAAUUAAAGUCGAGUAGCUAGCAAAACGUCCUACAAGGGAACCCAUUUUUAUUCCAGAAGCGAGGUUAUGGUGGGAAAGAUUUCGCCUGUUUUACUCCUGGUUUUAACGCUAUAACUGCUUAGCCGCUUUAACUCUAGCUACACAGGUUCUUCUAAUCUUACAAUUAGUCACAUAAAAUAAAUAGACUAGCAGACUACAAACUAGUGUCAGCUUUGGCCAGUUUUGCCAAAAAUCCUAUGUGGAAGAGUGUCUGUACUGUAUGAGCCCAGGGAUAAAUAAGUAAAUAAAACAAGACACAUAAAUACGCUAUCGCGUAGCAUAGUGAUAUAUGUGAUGGUAGGGUAUUGAUUUUCAGUGUGUUAAGUUUAUAACUACAGAUUAGUAUACUGCUUUCAGAAAAACAACUAGCUUAGCAUUUAGAUGCAGUGGUUUUAAAAGUUGCCAACCGCCAGUUUUUCCCCUUCUCUUUUUAAACAUGCUCUUUGAGGUAUCAACAAAGAACCCUUUUAGCCGUAACCUGAGUUCUUGAAUCGCCACGUCAGGCAAGCAUAGCUACACAACCGUGUAGCUUUUAUCUCACAUUUCGUUUGCAGCAAAUGCAUAUUUACAUAUGAAUUGUACGUGAACACAUAAAUGCGCGUUAAACAGGCGAAUCUUGUGAGCUGUUAUCGUAAAGCGAUAAAAAAAAAAACCAUUUACAUCCGCUCUCGCCAAACAAGGAUAUACUGGUUUGUUGGCUGAAUAUCACUCCGAACUUAACCUAUUUGGCUCGUUGGAUUUCAGCAGAAUUAAAUCAACACUUAAUUCGGCUAUCAUACGUGGGUUUGUGGAUAUUUCUUUGUGAAGGCGAGGGAGACGACGAUAGUAACCUUUCAUGGAAAUGACUGUUUCAAGGAAAUUAUCCCUAUAGGGUGAGACGUGUAUAACUUCUAACACCAACAAGCAUCAAGGUCCGUGGCUCAAACGAUGUCAUUGAAUUGUAAUGAAGACUCUGGUCCUGAAGAUUUUUCUCGCCGCUUUCACCUGCAUUCUUUUGACUCUCGCUCUGUGCUUUCUAAAUCUUCCGCAACCGAUACAGGAUUUCAGUGAACUUACAGCUAGAGAGAAUAAAAAAGUUACCAUUCUUGUCUGGUGGCUGCCUUUUGGGAGGUAUCGGGAAAUGCCAGACUGUGCCGCUAGUUAUGGAAUCCAUGAGUGUUUAGUAACUAUUGACCGUGAUGCUUACUCACAAGCCAACGCGGUAAUCAUUCAUCACAAGGAGAUCAUGGGCAAUCUUAGCGGGCUGCCACUCAGCCCUCGGCCACAGAGGCAGAAGUGGAUAUGGAUGAACUUUGAGUCGCCCACCCACACCUCAGGUUUGGAGGAGCUGGAAGGAAUCUUUAACUGGACCAUGACUUAUAAGGUAGGGUCUGACAUUUUUAUGCCAUAUGGAUACCUACGACCACGGAAAGCCGCAAGGUCCUCAACUGUGCUUUUGCCACACAAAAAAAGGUUGGUGGCCUGGGUUAUCAGCAAUUGGAACGAGGACCAUGCCCGUGUGAUCCUUUACUGGAGGCUGAGGAGGUAUAUUCCGAUUGACGUGUAUGGCCGUAAUGCCAUAGAGUUGGUGAACAACAGUGUGGUGCAGACUGUUUCGCAGUACAAGUUCUACCUGGCCUUUGAGAACUCACAGCACCCAGACUACAUCACAGAGAAACUGUGGCGGAACGCCUUGGGGUCAAGUGCUGUGCCCGUGGUCCUGGGGCCCCCUCGGAGCAACUAUGAGAGGUUUCUCCCCGCUGACGCCUUCAUCCACGUGGAUGACUUCCACAGUCCCAAGAUGUUGGCUGCAUACCUGAGGUUCCUGGCCAAAACUCCCCAGUUAUACAGACGUUACUUCAACUGGAAAAGGGACUACACAGUCCAUGUCACCUCCUUCUGGAAUGAACACUUCUGUGCUGCCUGUAAAGCAGUGUGGGCUGGCAAGCACCAGAUUAAAACAGUAUCUGAUCUCAAGUUAUGGUACGACACCUAAAUUUGUGGGAGUCACUAUUUGCAUUGCUUAUUGCAGGUAUAUGAAGAAAAAAAAAUUAUAUUUAUUGUAAUAUUGUAUAGUUUUAUUUAUUAUCUUCGGAAAAGUUGAUAUAUUUUAAACUAACAAUAAAAAUUGACUCACUGAUUCUGUAAGCAGUGUUAAUUCAGUUUAGCUGAAAUCAAAUCAAGGGCACUUAAAUCACAGCCACAACAAACAUAUUGGUAUCAUCUGGUCUAAGUCACAUGAAGGUUUACCUGUUAAAAUUAUGUUGAUUCAUUGUGUGAAUGAGAGCAGAAUAGUUAGUUGUGUGUUAAUUGACAUGAUGACUUACUUACUGAUCAGUGGACUGUAGACUCUCGAAAUGAUGCAGUGUUUCUAUUCAUGUUGUAAUGUCUCCGAGCAAGGGCUUUUAAAGUUCAUCCUGAUUCAAAAUGAAAGUAGACACUUGUUGCAAAUAAUUCUUACUGAGUUGUCAGAGAAUGUUGAUAAGUAGAUGUAAACCACACCUCUCCAUCCACCCCACUGUUCAUGAGUAGAACUUUCUCUUUUGUUCUUUGGCUGUGCAGAUCUGGCUAUGAAGUCAAAAGUAUAACUCAAAUUUCUGAAAGUUUACUUUGAAAAAAUAUUCUUCCAUCCUUUUUCAUUUGCAUUAUUCUUUUUCUGUGGAAUUAUAUUUUUGACACUGAUUUUAUGUGGAAGUUGGAUUAGAGGAGUAAGGUGUGUCUAUGCCAUCUAUGCUUGUGUGACAUCAUUGGCUUGUGCCAGCCUAUGGUGUAAUUUUCAUCAGAAAUUCAAUUAAGUAGUCAGUUAUAAGUUCCUCACAUUACAAAAUUCCUGUAGAAUUAGUGACAGUUUUGACUUCUUAUCUGACAUUCCUGUCAUUGUAGAUGAAAUUACUCAACACUGCCAUGUCACAGAAGGAGGUUAAUGAACUACCUAAGUAUUAAGUUAAUGUGCAAUAUGAUUUGCCUCUUUGUGUGAUAACACUUUGCCCAAUUGAGGCCAGUAAACUGAAAACAUGCAAUAGCUAACAAAGACUACGUGUUCUCAGUGUGAGGGGUUGUUUGUGGAAAGAGGUGCAAAUGAAUAACUCUUGGUCCCUGCCAUUAAUUUGCAGAUUUGCAGCCAGCCCACAUGCCUUUAGUAGCUAUGGAGUUAUUAAAUGGUAAAUGGACUGCAUUUAUAUAGUGUUUUUAUCCAAUGCGCUUUACAAUUG